AUGUUAUCGAAACCUCUCCUCGCCCUGUGCGCGGGAGCAACGCUGGUCGUUGGGAACACGCCUUCCGGGUACACACCGAAUUCUAAUACCGAUUUAAUCGUCGCCUACGGUCAAACCGCAGCUAUGAACGGGGUUGUAGUAGAGCAAGCAGCCACGGCCAGUGCACCGACGAUAGCGACAAAGUCUCGACUGGACGGGACAUCAUAUGCUGUCAUCAUGGUUGACCUCGACACACCUUCAGGCCAAAGCCCACGCACCUUCCUCCACUGGAUGCAGACCGGUCUCACACCGGUUAUAACAGCAUCAACCAUUUCGGCGUCAAAUGGGAGCACUCAAGCCUUCACUCUGUCGAAUGCCAAGAACACAAGUGCUAUUGUCGCCUACACCCCGCCUGCCCCACCGGCUCAGAACCCACUCAGCCACAGAUACGCCCAAGUCUUGGUCGACACCAGCUCGAUGACCUCAGCCGGUCUUUCAGCGCUUCAGUCCGCCGCCGAGACGCGCGUGGGAUUCGACACCGACUCUGUGCUACAAGAUGCCGGGCUGAGCAGCAAUGUCGUCGCCGGGAACUCUUUCAAUGUGACGAAUCCCGGCCAGACUUUCUCGUCGGCGAGCUUCGGCAAUUCAACCUCGAUUGGAAUCGGGAAUGGGCAGCAGGCCGACCAAAUGAUCAAGUCCGACGGUGGAUUCAAGGGAUUUGGGGCUGCAGGCGCUGGUGUUGGAGGCACACUCACAACCACAAUAUCAUCUGCGCCGGCUGGGCCUACGUCCGGACUCACGAAUGCCGGGAAGAGUGGCAGCGCAACUUCAACGGCCUCAGGUGCCUUUGGCAGGGAUUAUGGCCAUCUGUUCACUUUGAUGGCGACAUCCGGUUUUGUUACAUCCGUUCUCGUCAGCAGGUUUUAG